CGACGCGGAGCGUACACACGACGCCCUCUACACCGCAGUAUGUGCCGUUGGAGAUGGUUAUUAGUUCAAGGUGCAACUCCGCUGUCGUAAAAUGACAAGUUCUCGCUCGCUCCCCUGGAAGACGACGACACUUUUCGGUCGCUAUGCUCUAUCUCGACAGCAGCUAUAGCAUAUCUGAAAGCCCAGGCACCACGUCUCGCAGGAUUUUAUGGGCUCUGGACGACGUCUUAAUAUACUGGCCGUCAGUCUUGCAGCUAGCCCCUGGAGUGGGGAGGAAUGUGACGAGAUAAGACCUCGCCUACCCGAAGGCUGCGGCAGAAUUGAGCUCUCAAUAUCUUGUUAUUGCGAGCAGCAUCUUCUAAACGUCGCCAGCACCUUACCAAUCGCUCUGGAUCUAGUACCACCGACAGGCCUAGGCGUACAGCCCCAAUAACUCCACCAUUAACACCGGCAAGGCAUCAUCACAUCGCAUAGCCGGGGAGUACAGACCGUCAUUUAGUACUGUCGAAGGAACAGCUGGGAUCCAAUGGUUCCGGGGCUGAAGCUGUCGGCCCAAUCCAAGUGCCGAGGAAGGCUUCUCAGGGCAGUGGCUGGUUGGCAGGUGCUAUGUCGAGGAAAGGAGGUCGAAGGUAUGUAUGUGUUUAGGGGCUGGGAUUGACGCUUGGACACAGCGAGAUCAUGCUGCCUGCUUGUUCACUGGGAUCAUGAAUGUUGAUCGAGGGAGGGGCGCUAUAACGCUUGUACGAAACAUCGCACGUCCGCGGCAUAAGAGAUUGGCCCUGCGCCGUCUCUUUUCGUCUCAUGCCAAACACAUCAUUCAAAAGCGGAGCGCCUUCCCAAUACAGAACGUGACUUCCUCUUCCAGAUGAUGAGGCUUUCCCCAGGCUCGCCCGCGCUGUGAUUUCCGCAGCCGGUGCUAUUACCCAUACUUCGGGGUAUAGAGAUCAGGAAGGCUUGAAGCCAUCUGAUCAUGUAUGUCGGGAUUGGGUACUUGCCGUGCUCUAAUCGCGAUCUUAAGCAUGACAUUCACUCUUCCACUGCCUUAAGGGGUACUCCUUCUGGGCCCUAAUACGGCUUCCAUCGCAAUUCAAUCUGGGUCUAUUGGCGAGCCACCACUGCUGAGACUUUCGGGUACUCUUCGCAGCCUUCACAGAAAGCCACUGGCGAAAUUGUUGCGUGAUAGAAGCGGCCAUAACAUGGAUGUUGCGUGAUGAAAGCGUCCACAGCAUUGUCUCUAGAAGACCCGCCGAGUAGUUUAUAAGCCAUCCAAGCGAUGGCCUACUCUUACCACAGCUCUCUCCUCCUGUCUAUUUUGUUCUUGAAUAUGUCUGCACAGUCGAACCAGGCUCUUGUUCAAGCGUACUCGCAGCUCAUCGCAGAAAACUACACUACCGCAGCCACCACGUGCUUAGUCAUCUACGAGUUAUUGAUUACUAUCGGUGAUGAAGUUAACAUCGUCUGGAAAAGACCUGUUACUGCACGCGCUGUACUCCUUGGCUCGGUACGAUGGUGUGUACUCGUUUCGAUCAUCCUGCAACUUGUGCCGUACACCCCGAAAAACAUGACAAAUAGCUGCACUCCAAUUGGUGUCCUGAGCGAGAUACUCAUCCUCAUUGGGUUUGUACAAACUGCAAUCUUCGCCGCCCUGCGCGUCUAUGCAAUCUGGAGUAAGAGCUACGUCUGGUCACUGCCGGUGUUUGUGUUGAGCAUGGCGCCAUUCGUGACGAACUUGAUUGGCGCGGCGAUGUCAAAGUAUAUCGUCAUCGUGUAUCCACUCCUCGGCGUGAUAUGCACGUCGGAAUACCCAUUUUCCGAGCGAACAACUAACAUAUUCGUUUAUACCACCCGCGGCUCACUUAUUCUCGCUGACUUGAUCGUGCUUGUCCUGACCUGGAUCAAGACAUUCGGAAAUUGGUGGCGCGCUCGUGGUAUCGACGUCAAGAUGCCGUUGACGGUGUGUUUGCUGCGCGAUGUGCUUCUAGCGGUCAACGUGGCUCAGCUGCUCACCUAUAACUCCUCUGCGGUACGUCCACCAUAUGAUUGCGUGGCCGAUGGCUGACGUCGUUCUUAAGGGUGCAUCGCUGCUAUCCGGGUUUAUCACGAUGCUGCCUCCGAUUCUCAUCAAUCGUUUCAUGAUCAACUUGCGGACAGUCGGCACUGAAGCGCCGGAUUACUCUGUACACGUCAAUGAUUGGCAACAGAGACAGCCAGAGCCGCAGCUCAGAAGACCCGUGGACCGGCUGGGCAAUAUGGAUGGGAUGCUUCAGAGUGGCUGGGAUGACGAUGAACCCGGGUACGAAGAGGAUAGCUCCGCAGAAGUUGGCGAGACAAGCCAUGGCGAGGCCAGUGCAGAAGCAUGAACUGACGCCAAAUAUUACCAUGAAGUAUGGUCUAUGUCACGUAGAUAGUAGCAUUCGUAACUUACGCGACUCGAAACUUAUGACCUUGGAUGAUUUU